CAGAAGCAUCACACGACGUUUAGCGGUUCGUCAACUAGUCAGAAUCCACAAUGGCUCCUCUAACUCUCUACGUCAGCCCUUUGAGCGCUCCAUGCCGCUUGGUACGUCUAGUGGCUGGUAUUGUUGGAGUUGACUUGAAAAUAGUGAACGUAAACGAUCUUGCUAAGGACCUGAAGACGCCUGAGAUGUUGAAGAAAAACCCACAACACACUGUGCCGACGCUGGACGAUAAUGGCGUGUACAAUGCUGAGAGCCGCGCCAUAGCCAUGUACCUUAUUUCUAAGUACGGAAAGAACGAUGCUCUCUACCCGAAAGAUGUCAACAGACGAGUCCUCGUCGACCAGAGACUGUUUUUUGACCAAGACUUCUACAGCAGGAUUGUGAGUGUUUUCGUAACGCCAAAGUUCUUACGCAAACAGACCGACCCCAGUAGCAUCGUCAAAGUGAACGACGGGCUGGAGAGCCUCAACAGAAUGCUGGAAGGGAAGCAGUGGCUGGCCGGGGACAACAUCAACCUCGCCGACUACGCUGUCGCCAUCUCUCUGACACCAAUCGAGCUUGUUCCAGAGAGUGGAAUCGUCCCCACCAAGCACCCUAACAUCAAGGAAUGGCUUCAUCGUGUGGAAAGUUCUACUCCGAAAUACAUGGAGUUGCUCAAGACAUUCCGUGAAGGCGUACAGGAACUACUUAAAAAAUUUAAACAGUAA